UUGUCGUUGCUCAGUAGAAUAAGAUCAUCAUCUUCCAUCAUCAUGAUAAGACAGCCUAGCCUCUCCUUUUCCACUAUUUUCUCUCCAUAAUCUCACCCACAAAAUUCUUAGCCACACGCAACUCUCUUUCUCUCUCUCUCUCACUCUCAGUCUCUAAAGAGCUUUUUCCAUUCAUGGCUGAGGGUUUCGAGCCCUACCAUGUGCCCCAACAGAGCAGAAGGGACAAGCUCCGGGUCCUGGCGGGUCAAGCCCACCCCGAUUGCCUCCAACCCGGAUCACCAUCUCCUCCUCCAUCACAUCUCCACCAUGCUUUGCUCCCUCUCUCAUACGAUCCCACCACCUCCUUCAUCUCAUCCUCCUCAGAUUUGCUCAUGUGCGCCGAGCCGGCCGUGAAAGAAGAGGGUAGUCAUCAUCACGUGAUCAACCACUUGAUGGGUUUUGCUUCCAAUUCCACCUCAUCUUCUACUUUUCGCCACAACAACCACCAUCCUUACAUGGAUCCACAAUUCCCUCUCACUCUUACCGCCGUUCAAGAAAUCAACGCCAACCCAUUUCUCUGCCCCCCUCAAAACGUCCACCCCCUCAGAGAUUUCGACCACCAACAACCUCCUUAUGACGAUCAAGUCGUCGUCUUCAAACCAGAGCCUCUCUCUCUGUCCCUCUCUUCUUCCCAGCCCACCAACCACACCCACCACACCCAGCAAACCCAGAACAACACAAACAACAACAGUCUCCAGAGAUUUUCCUCUCCUGGGAUUAAUUAUGAUUCAAUAAAUUCUGGCGUUAGUGUUGCUUCUGUCCCUUUUGGACCGUUCACGGGGUACGCUUCGAUUCUGAAGGGAUCUAGGUUUUUGAAGCCGGCGCAGCAGUUGCUGGAGGAGUUUUGCGAUGUGAGCAGUCGUGAAAUUUACAGCGCGAAAGUCUUGACGGCGGAGGAUUCCUCUUCGUUUCUUGACCCUCCUAUUGAGAACUUUGGUGACGACGACUCACUGACGGCUGGGGGAGACGGCGGUCAGAGUACAAGAAAAAAGUCCAGACUAAUUUCCAUGCUCGACGAGGUUUAUAGGAGGUACAAGCAAUACUGUCAACAGAUGCAGGCAGUGGCAAGGUCAUUUGAGUAUGUUGCUGGGCUUGGAAAUGCAACUCCUUAUGCAAACUUAGCGAUAAAAGCCAUGGCUAGGCAUUUUAAGUGUUUGAAGAAUGCUAUCACUGAUCAGCUUCACUCCAGAAAUCGGAAUGGUAGUCAUUUAGGACAUGAAAAAGAUGAAAGUCCUAUGCUUCAUAGCAGUAGAAGUGUAUAUGGCCAGAGAUCGAUUCAUACCUCUGACUUUGUGGAUCACCAACCUGUUUGGAGACCACAAAGGGGUCUUCCUGAGCGCGCUGUUACUGUUCUUAGAGCCUGGUUGUUUGAACACUUCCUGCAUCCUUAUCCUACCGACUCGGAUAAAUUAAUGUUGGCUAAACAAACUGGUCUAUCACGAAGCCAGGUUUCAAAUUGGUUUAUUAAUGCAAGAGUAAGGCUAUGGAAACCAAUGGUGGAAGAAAUACACAUGCUGGAAACACGGCAAGCCCAAAAAGCUUCACAAAGGGUGGAUUUAAGUUCCAAUAGAUCAAGUGAUGAUCAUUUACCUUCCCCAAACUCGCUGGGAUCCGAGAAUCCAUCCACAUCCACCCAUAGAGUUCAAGACACCGCAUCUAAGCGCACCAGAAGCGAACUUCAUGAUCAUAUCACUAUGGGGGCUACUGAACAAAGCCUAUCUUACAGUAAUUUUCCAAGCCAUAUGCAUGUAGGUCAUGUUGGUAUGAACAUGGCUGGUGGGAGUAGUAGUGGUGUGUCUCUAACCCUGGGACUUCACCAAAAUAAUGGCAUUGGUUUUUCAGCUCCCUUUCCUAUCAAUGCAGCUGAACGUUUUGGCCUUGGCCUUGACGGCAAUAGCGAGAACUAUGCAAUGGUUGGUUUCGAAGCUCAAAAUCGGCAUUAUGGAAGGGAUGUCAUGGGAGGGCAACUUUUGCACGAUUUUGUGGGAUGAACGUCAAACAAAAUGCAAUUAGAUGUUCAUUUAUUAAGCCAGAAUCUCAGUUGAAAUUUGAAGAAUGGUUGAAUGGUUAGCCUAUAGUGUGGUGUUAGCUAGAGGUAUGUAUCAUUCUGUCACACCCCAUGUGUAAUAUUGGUGUUAAAUUGUUAGGUAAUUUUGUAUUUGAUUGAAGGAAAAAAAAAUGAUGAAAUGUCCAAUAAGACCCAUGAAACCGUCGUGCAUGAUA